CAUCAUUUUGAGCCUCACUUCAUGGCUCCUUGAUUAUCCAUCAUUCGGGGUACAGAAUAUUCUUCCACCAUCUCAGUCAUGAGAUAGCAAUCGGGGCAUUGAUCUGUCUCUAAGACAAAUCUCAUCGCAUCACCAUGGACAACGCUCAAUCGCAGGGCCCCAGUGUCCUCGACGACACAGACUCUGGCGUCUCGGAGAGCUCAAAUCCAAACGCAAACCCCAGCAAUCGACUCCCUGCCCGCCACUACCACACCCUCUACGAUGCCGUGGCCGGCAGAGCGCGUGCUCCGGAUUCCGAACAAGAGCCAACUAUGAUCAAGCACUCCCUCGCAGACAACCCAGUGUCCCCAGCCGAACUCCUCUUUCGCCGCCUCAAUGCGCCCAUCCGGUAUGCAGAGUAUGACAUCUACGCAUCGCAUACACGGGACUUCCCAGACUAUGGCAAUGCAGCGCUACCCGAUAGUGAUCUUCUCAAGGCCAUUCACGCAUAUGCGAGUGGGUACUACGCGCGGAACGCGGGGCCAGAGGAGGCAAGAAUCUGGGGCGAGAGGAGCAUGGACGAGACUGCGCUGUUGGCUUUUGGCAUCCUGAUGGAAGAGGCGUCACGAGAGACACUUGGUCGGAGGGGAGACUUGGUAUUCACCGAAGCGGAGAAGGACGAAGAGGACCAAGAUGAGGUUCGCGCUGAUGGCGCGGGCGACGAACCACAUGCGAAAAAGAAGAGAAAGACGAGCGACAGCAACACCACCGAGAUGGUGGAUCGGACCAGGGAUGAUUGAAGCCAUGGGGUCACGAAUCGCCGACAGAGUCACGAUGGGCGCGCGUAAAUUGAUCACAG